AGUCGCUGAAGGAAACACGCUCACACAUACUCACUCCUCCAGAGCUGACGUGGGCUGUGGCCUUCUGCGCAGCUGCUGCCCAUCUGCAACUCAGAUCCACUCACAGUAGCUAGAGGAAAAGAAACAGUAGACAAAUUUAAGAAGGGAGAGAGGCUGAGCAUGGAUGUGUUGCAGGACUGGACCCUGGCGUACCCGCCUCAGGCCCGGCUGCUCUGGGUGUUCGUGCUGGUGUUGGCCACUGUCCUGGUUUGGUGCCUGUUCUUCUGCUGUUGGGGAAGCCAAAGCUCCACCUCCCCUCUGGAGAGAUACCUCUCAGCAAUGGAGAAAAAGUCCAAGACAAAACCUCAAAAUCAGCGGAAGAAAAAGCCGAAGGACAAGUGCGUCUCUGCAGCUCUGUUGAAUGAAGGGAUUGUUGGUAUGAUCAAACUGGCGACCCCUUUGUCUAAAGAGAAACAGAGGAAGAAGGAAAAGGACAAACAAGGGAAAAAGACAGAGGAAGAGGAGGGAAAGAAGGAGGAAUUGAAGAAUGAGAAGAAAGAAGAAAAAGAAGCAAAGCCCUCCACACUGAAGAAGAGGAAUAGACGGCACCUGAAAGUCACCAUUGCACCGGGCACCGUGAUGUCAGAAUCGUCUUGGCAGGUCAUGUCAGGGGGUCGUCGACGGAUGCUGGAGCGGUCUGCAUCGGAGGAGACCGCAAGUGACCUGAGUUCCUCACAUUCUCCUGGAGACACCUUGCCAUGGAACCUCCCCAAACACCAACGCGUCAAACGCUCCAAAUCUGCAUCCAGUGACGUCCUGGACCCUGCCGAGAGAGCGGUCAUCCGUAUUGCAGAUGAACGGGAUCGAGUGCAGAAAAAGACUUUCACAAAAUGGGUGAACAAGCAUUUGAAUAAGCACUGGAAGGCAGAGGCCCAGCGACACAUCACAGAUCUGUAUGAGGAUCUCCGAGAUGGACACAGCCUCAUCUCCUUGCUGGAAGUGUUGUCUGGAGAGACACUGCCCAGAGAGAAGGGCCGUAUGCGCUUUCACAAACUACAGAAUGUACAGAUCGCACUGGAUUUCCUCAAACACAGACAGGUGAAGCUGGUAAACAUCAGAAAUGACGAUAUCGCUGAUGGAAAUCCGAAACUUACCCUCGGGCUGAUAUGGACCAUCAUUCUUCACUUCCAGAUCUCUGACAUCCAGGUGAACGGUCAGUCAGAUGACAUGACCGCCAAAGAGAAGCUGCUGUUGUGGUCUCAACGCAUGGUGGAGGGCUACCAGGGCCUGCGAUGUGACAACUUCACCACCAGUUGGAGAGAUGGGAAACUCUUCAACGCCAUCAUCCAUAAACACAGGCCGAAUUUGAUUGACAUGAAUAAGGUCUACCGACAGACCAACCUGGAGAAUCUGGAGCAGGCCUUCAGCAUUGCAGAUAGAGACCUGGGCGUCACCCGCCUGCUGGAUCCUGAAGAUGUGGAUGUGCCACACCCAGAUGAGAAGUCCAUCAUUACGUAUGUCUCCUCUAUCUAUGACGUUAUGCCCAGAGUUCCUGAAGUUCAAGAUGGAAUCCAGGCCAAUGAGUUAGAGUUGCGCUGGCAGGAAUAUUAUGAGCUGGUGACCAUGAUAAUCCAAUGGAUCAGACAUCACAUCAUGGUGUUUGAAGAAAGGAAGUUCCCAACCAGCUACGAGGAGAUUGAGGUUCUUUGGCGCCAGUUUCUAAAAUUCAAGGAGACUGAAUUGCCUGCAAAGGAGAUGGACAAAAAUCGCUCCAAGCUUAUUUACAAGUCAUUCGAGGGUUCUGUACAGGUUGGUCAGGUCAAGGUUCCGCCCGGUUACCACCCCAUUGAUGUGGAAAAAGAGUGGGGUCGUCUGCAUGUGGCCAUACUGGAACGAGAGAAACUCCUGCGCUCGGAGUUUGAACGGUUGGAGCGUCUGCAGAGAGUAGUCAGUAAGGUGCAGAUGGAGUCGGGUGUGUGUGAGGAACAGCUUAACCAGGUGGAAACACUGUUACAGACGGAUAUACGUCUUCUGAAUGCAGGAAAACCCGUCCAGCACGCAUCUGAGGUCGAGGUGGAUCUGAACAAGGCCGAAAACAUGAUCCGAUACCUUUUCAAUGAUGUGCAAUUACUGAAAGAUGGGCGCCAUCUACAGGCAGAACAGAUGUAUAGAAGGGUUUACCGCCUCCAUGAGCGUUUGGUGAACCUGCGCAGCGAAUAUAAUCUCCGUCUGAAGUCCGGUGUGACGGUAUCACAGGUGCCCAUGACCCAGAUGGCUAUGACACAGGUCUCUCAUGUCCAAACAUUGCAGCAGUCUCCUCAACGCAUAAGACCUGAGCUAGAUGAAGUCACCCUCAAGUACAUUCAGGACCUUCUGGCCUGGGUGGAAGAGAACCAGAGGCGGAUUGAUGCGGCAGAAUGGGGUGAAGAUCUCCCCACCGUGGAGUCUCAACUUGGCAGCCACCGUGGCCUUCAUCAGUCUAUAGAGGAUUUCAAAUACAAAAUCGAUCGUGCACGAGCAGACGAGAAUCAGUUGACUCCAGUCAGUAAAGGAGCCUAUCGAGAAUGCUUGGGCAAACUGGACCUUCAGUACGGCAAGCUGCUGAACUCCUCCAAAGCUCGUCUGCGCAAUCUAGAUCAGCUGCAUGCUUUCGUUGUAGCCGCCACCAAAGAGCUGAUUUGGCUGAACGAGAAAGAGGAGGAGGAAGUAAACUACGACUGGAGUGACCGAAACUCAAACAUGACCGCUAAGAAGGACAACUACUCAGGUUUGAUGCGAGAACUUGAACAGAGAGAGAAGAAGGUCCACACAGUCCAGGUGACCGGAGACAAACUUCUGAAAGAUGGCCAUCCUGCCAGAAAGACUAUUGAAGCCUUUACUGCAGCUCUUCAGACUCAAUGGAGCUGGAUCCUUCAGCUGUGCUGCUGCAUCGAGACUCAUCUUAAAGAAAACACAGCUUACUUCCAGUUCUUCUCAGAUGUUAAAGAUGCUGAAGACAGAAUGAAGAAGAUGGAGGAGACGAUGAAGAAGAAAUAUGUGUGUGAGCGUUCCAUCACAGUCACACGGCUAGAAGAUUUGCUACAGGAUGCAGCGGAGGAGAAAGAUCAACUAAAUGAGUUCAAGACUCACCUGGAGGGUCUCAACCGGAGAGCCAAAACCAUUAUUCAGCUGAAACCGAGAAACACAGCGCACCCCGUCAAAGGCAAAUUACCCAUUCAAGCUGUUUGUGACUUCAAACAAAUGGAGAUCACAGUACAGAAAGGAGACGAGUGUUUCCUGAUAAACAACUCUCAGCCGUACAAAUGGAAAGUGCGAAGCUCCGGUGGAAGUGAAGCCACAGUACCAUCCAUCUGUUUUUUAAUCCCUCCAACCAACAAAGAAGCAGUCGACCUGAGUUCAAGUUUGGACGCGAGUCAGCAAAGGUUGAUGGUAUUGUGGCAUAAGCUCCAUGUCAAUAUGAAGAGUCUGCUGUCUUGGCAGUACCUCACGCGAGAUAUCCAGCUUAUCAACUCUUGGAAUUUUAUCAUGUUUAAGACAUUAAGAGUCGAAGAAUAUCGACUGACUCUCAAGACCUUAGAGCAACACUAUCAAGCCUUCAUUCGUGAUAGUCAGGAUUCUGAACUUUUUGGCGCCGAUGAUCGCCUGCAGGCUGAGAGCAAUUACGGCAAAGCCACGCAACACUACGAUAACCUGCUGCAGUCUGUUGAACAAGAACCUGUCUUCAUCCCAAAAGACAAAGCUACGGGAGAACAGGAUGAGUCGGUGUGCAAAAGCUACAUUACCCAGAUUAAAGACCUGAGAUUGAGACUGGAGGGUUGUGAGACCAGGACUGUCAGUCGUCUCAGACAACUAAUGGACAAGGAGCCUCUCAAAGCUUGUGCACAGAGGACCACAGAACAAAUGAAAGUACAGACCGAGUUGGAAGGUCUAAAGAAAGAUCUGGACAAGAUGGUGGAAAAGAGUGAAGAGGUGCUGGCAACAUCUCAGCAGUCCAGUUCUGGCCCUGUUCUUCGCUCAGAGAUUGACAUCACCCAGAAAAAGAUGGACCACGUCUACAGUCUUUCAUCUGUGUAUCUAGACAAAUUGAAGACCAUUCACAUGGUAAUCCGCAGCACACAGGGAGCUGAGGAUGUUCUCAACAAGUAUGAGAACCAGCUGCGAGACGUGAACAAAGUUCCUGUUAAUGAGAAGGCAGUCGAGGCCGACAAAACGCAGCUGCAGAUACUGCGCUCAGAAGCCGAGGGCAAUCAGGCCACCUUUGACCACCUGGAUGAAGAGCUUCAGAGGGCUGUAGCGGUGAACGACCAAAUGUCUCAGCUUCACAGCGAGCGUGAUGUCGAGCUGGAGCAGUAUAGGCAGCAGGUGGUCAACCUGAGGGAACGCUGGCAGGCCGUGUUUGCUCAGAUCGAGCUGAGACAGCGAGAGCUUGAUCUGUUGAGGAGGCAGAUGCAGACCUACAGGCAGAGCUACGACUGGCUUAUUCGCUGGAUAGCCGAUGCCAAGCAGAGGCAGGACAAGCUUCACGCUGUGCCCAUCGGCAACAACAAAGCCCUACAAGAACAGCUGGCCCAGGAAAAGAAACUACUUGAAGAGAUUGAAAAGAACAAGGACAAGGUGGAUGAGUGUCAUAAAUAUGCCAAAGUCUACAUUGAUGCCAUAAAGGAUUAUGAGCUUCAGCUGAUGACAUAUAAAGCUGUGGUUGAGCCCAUCGCUUCUCCUAUGAAGAAAGCCAAAAUGGAGUCUUCCUCUGAUGACGUCAUCCAAGAGUAUGUGACUUUGAGAACACGCUACAGUGAGCUACUGACUCUAUCAAGCCAAUACAUUAAAUUCAUUAUAGAAACACAGCGCCGCCUAGAGGAUGAGGAGAAAGCUGCUGAAAGACUUAAGGAGGAAGAGAGGAAAAAACUUUCAGACAUGCAGGCCGAGCUAGAAAAGCAAAGACAGUUAGCUGAAUCUCACGCAAAGGCUAUUGCCAAAGCAGAACAAGAGGCCAAUGAGCUGAAAAUGAAGAUGAAAGACGAAGUCAACAAACGUCAGGACGUCGCUGUCGAUGCUGAGAAACAGAGGCAGAAUGUCCAGCGUGAGCUUCAGGAGCUCAAAAGUCUUUCGGAGCAAGAAAUCAAAUCCAAGACACAACAGGUGGAGGAAGCUCUCAUAAGCCGGACCAGAAUUGAGGAAGAAAUCCAUAUAAUACGAAUCCAGCUAGAGACGACAAUGAAACAGAAAUCCUCUGCUGAAAAAGAGCUUCAGCAGCUAAGGGGCAAUGCAGAAGAAGCAGACAAACUUCUAAAGGCAGCCCAGGAAGAGGCAGAUAAGCUUCGGAAGCAAGUUGCUGAAGAGACUCAAAAGAAAAGCAAGGCGGAAGAGGAGCUUAAACUGAAAUCUGCAGCAGAGAAGCAGGCCGCCAAAGAGAAGAAGAAGGCCCUUGAGGAUCUGGAGAAGUUUAAGCUCCAAGCGCAAGAAGCAGAGAGGCACAUGAAGCAAGCAGAGCUGGAAAAGCAGAGGCAGAUUCAAGUGGUAGAAGAGGUGGCCAAGAAGACUGCAGCCACUGAGCUUGAAAGUAAACAGUUGUCACUGACAGCCAAACUGGAAGAGUCACUGAAACAUGAGCAUGUGAUGGUUGUUCAGCUUCAGGAGGAGGCAGAGCAUCUGAAGAAGCAGCAAGCGGAAGCAGAUAAGGCAAGAGAGCAGGCUGAGAAGGAACUAGAAAUGUGGAGACAGAAAGCUAACGAAGCUCUUCGUCUUCGCCUUAAGGCAGAAGAAGAGGCCAACAAGAAAACUGCAGCUCAAGAGGAUGCGGAAAAACAGAAAGAGGAGGCCGAACGGGAGGCAAAGAAAAGGGCAAAAACUGAGGAUGCCGCACUUAAACAGAAAGAGAUUGCAGAGAAGGAACUUGAGAAUCAAAGGAAGAAGGCUGAAGAAACAGCCCAACAAAAGCUCGCAGCUGAGCAAGAACUCAUUAGGUUAAGAGCAGAUUUUGAACAUGCUGAGCAACAGAGAUCAGUCUUGGAUGAUGAGCUCCAACGUCUCAAAAACGAAGUCAAUUCUGCUGUUCAGCAGAAGAAGGAGCUGGAGGAGGAAUUGAUCAAAGUCAGAAAGGAGAUGGAGAUUCUUCUGAAGCUGAAAUUGAAGGCCGAGAAGGACUCUACGUCAAGCACUGAAAAGAGCAAACAACUACUUGAAUCGGAGGCUGCAAAGAUGAGGGAACUUGCCGAGGAGGCAACUAAGCUGAGGUUAGUUGCAGAAGAGGCAAAGAAACAGAGGCAGCUUGCAGAGGACGAAGCGGCUCGCCAGAGAGCAGAGGCUGAGAAGAUUCUCAAAGAAAAGUUAGCAGCUAUCGACGAAGCGACACGAUUGAAAGCCGAAGCUGAGAUCGCAUUGAAAGAGAAGGAAGCUGAAAAUGACCGUCUAAAGAGAAAAGCUGAAGAGGAAGCGUACCAGAGAAAAGCCCUCGAAGAUCAAGCAGCUCAGCACAAGCAAGCGAUCGAAGAAAAGAUAGAUCAGUUAAAGAAGUCCUCAGACACUGAACUUGACAGGCAAAAGAAAAUCGUGGAAGAAACACUGACGCAGAGGAAAAUAGUGGAGGAGGAGAUCCACAUUCUGAAGCUUAAAUUUGAAAAGGCUUCAACUGGCAAGCAGGACCUUGAACUUGAGCUUAACAAACUGAAGAGCAUGGCCGAUGAGACUCAGAAGAGCAAAGCAAAGGCAGAGGAAGAUGCAGAGAAAUUUAGAAGACUUGCUUUGGAAGAAGAGGAGAAAAGAAAAGCAGCAGAGGAGAAGGUAAAGAAAAUCCAAGCUGCAGAAAAAGAGGCAGCAAGGCAGCACAAAGCUGCUCAAGAGGAGGUUGAACGUCUUAAUAAGAAAGCAGAUGAGGCUAAAAAGCAGCAAGAGAUUGCGGAAAAGGAAGCAGAGAAACAGAUCCUUUUAGCCAAAGAAGCCUCACAGAAAUAUACUGCUGCUGAGCAGAAAUCACAGACUAUUCUUCUCCAACAAAAUAAAGAUACCGUAGCACAGGAUAAACUUAAGGAGGAGUUUGAUAAGGCAAAGAAGCUGGCAGAAGAUGCAGAAAAGGCUAAAGCAAAGGCAGAGAAAGAGGCUGCCCUUUUGCAGAAGAAAGCAGAAGAAGCUGAGCGUCAAAAGCAGGCUGCUGAGGCUGAAGCUGCCAAACAGGCCAAAGCCCAGGAAGAUGCUGAAAAACUAAGAAAAGAAGCUGAGAAAGAAGCUUCCAGGCGGGCUGAGGCAGAGGCUGCUGCUCUAAAACAAAGGCAAGAGGCAGAUGCCGAGAUGGCCAAGUAUAAACAGCUUGCAGAAAAGACCUUAAAUCAAAAGUCUCAGGUUGAAAAAGAGUUGGCAGAGGUUAAAUUGCAACUGGAUAACACAGACAAACAAAAAUCUAUUCUUGAUGAUGAACUUAAGCGACUUAAACAAGAGGUCAGUGAUGCUGUGAACCAAAAAGUUCAAGUAGAAGAUGAGCUCUCCAAAGUCAAGAUUCAGAUGGAGGAAUUACUAAAACUGAAACUUAAAAUUGAAAAGGAAAACCAAGAGCUUAUGAAGAAAGAUAAAGACAACACUAAGAAACUUCUCGAGGAGGAGGCUGAGAACAUGAAAAAGUUGGCAGAGGAGGCAGCAAGGCUCAAUGUCGAGGCUCAAGAAGCUGCAAGACUUCGACAAAUUGCAGAGUCAGAUCUCGCCAAACAGAGGGAACUGGCCGAUAAGAUGCUGGAGGAGAAAAAGCAGGCCAUUCAGGAGGCAAUGAAACUAAAGGCUGAAGCUGAGAACCUUCAGAAACAGAAAGAUCAAGCUCAGGUGGAAGCCCAAAAGUUGUUGGAGGCCAAAAAAGAGAUGCAGCAGCGACUGGAACAGGAGACCGAAGGUUUCCAGAAAUCUUUGGAAGCUGAACGCAAACGACAAUCAGAAAUUAAAGCAGAGGCUGAAAAACUAAAGAUUAAGGUGACACAGUUAAGUGAUGCUCAGUCCAAAGCGGAAGAGGAAGCCAAAAAAUUCAAGAAACAAGCAGAUGAAAUCAAAGCCCGUAUGCUGGAGACAGAAACAUUUACUUCACAAAAACACGUUGUUGUUGAGAAACUGGAAAUUCAGAGGCUGCAGAGCACAAAAGAGGCUGAUGAUCUGCAUAAAGCAAUAGCAGACCUUGAAAAAGAAAAGGAAAAACUGAGAAAAGAAGCUGCUGAGUUACAAAAACAGUCAAAAGAGAUGGCUAACGUGCAACAAGAACAAUUACAGCAGGAGAAGACUAUGCUCCAGCAAACUUUCCUUGCAGAAAAAGACACAUUGCUGAAAAAGGAAAAAGCCAUUGAGGCGGAGAAGAAGAAGCUGGAAAAGCAAUUUGAAGAUGAAGUAAAGAAGGCAGAGGCUCUUAAAAAUGAACAGGAACGUCAGAAAAAGCAGAUGGAUGAGGAAAAGAAGAAACUCCAGUCUGCCAUGGAUGCUGCUCUCAAAAAGCAAAAGGAGGCUGAGGAAGAGAGGCAGAACAAGCAAAAAGAGAUGCAAGAGCUUGAAAAGAAGAGAAUUGAGCAAGAGAAACUUCUUGCCGACGAAAACAAGAACUUGAAAGAAAAACUCAAGCAGCUUCAGAGUUCACAAAAGCCAUCCGACACCAAGGAAAUUCAGAUCCAAACUGAUCACGUCCCAGAAGAAGAAUUAGUUCAAGUGACUAUGGUAGAAACAACAAAGAAGGUCCUUAAUGGCUCUACAGAUGUGGAUGGUGUGAAAAAAGAUGCACCACUGGCCUUUGACGGAAUCAGAGAGAAAGUUCCUGCGAGCAGGCUUCACGAAAUCGGUGUGCUUAGCAAAAAAGAAUUUGACAAGCUUAAGAAAGGCAAAACCACAGUGCAAGAUCUUUCCAAAAACGACAAAGUCAAGAUGUGCCUAAAAGGUAAAGAUUCCAUUGGUGGUGUAAUAGUUGAACCCAAUCAGAAAAUGAGCAUCUACCAAGCUUUAAAAGACAAGAAGAUUACACAAAGCACCGCUAUGAUGCUUCUCGAAGCUCAGGCUGCAUCGGGUUACAUAAUUGACCCCAUCAAAAACAGAAGACUGUCUGUCAAUGAAGCUGUGAAAGAUGGUGUGGUUGGACCUGAGUUACACACCAAAUUGUUGUCUGCUGAAAGGGCUGCCACAGGAUUCAAAGAUCCCUUCACUGGUGAUACAAUUUCACUAUUUGAAGCCAUGAAGAAAGGUUUGAUUGCGGAAGACCAGGCCAGAAAACUUCUUGAUUCUCAAUAUGCAACUGGUGGAAUAAUUGAUCCAGUCAAUAGUCACCGUGUGUCAGUCCAAACAGCAUGUACACAGGGUCAACUGGAUGAUGAUUUAGGCAAAAUUCUUUCCAGUCCUCCUGCUGACAAGAAAUCAUUUAUAGACCCCAACACUCAGGAUAGCUUCACUUAUUCUGAGUUACUGGAAAGAUGCAAACCAGAUCCUGACACAGGCCUUCCAUUACUACCCAUCACAGAGAAAGCAGGACAGAUUGAAAGUACUUACACAGAUGAGGAAACUAAAGAUAUAUUUAGCAAGACAAGCGUAUCAAUUCCAUUUGGAAGGUUUAAAGGAAAGACUGUGACCAUCUGGGAAGUCAUCAAUUCAGAAUACUUCACUGUGGAACAAAGAAAGGACCUCAUUCGUCAGUACAAGACAGGCAAAAUUACAGUUGAAAAAAUUAUCAAGAUUGUAAUAACUGUUGUAGAGGACAAGGAGAACAAGAAGGAACCUGCCUUUGAAGGUUUGAGAUCAUCUGUGCCUGCAACAGAACUUCUGGAAGCGAAGAUUAUUAAUAAAGACUUAUUCAACAAAUUACAUAAUGGCAAGGCUACUAUUAAAGAGGUCUCUGAGCUUGAACCUGUUAAGAAAGCCCUGCAGGGCACACACAGUAUUGCUGGAGUGCUUGUUGAAUCAACUAAGGAGACAAUGUCUUUCUACGAAGCCAUGAAGAAGGACAUCAUUGGAACAGAUCCAGCAAUAGACCUUCUAGAGUCUCAGGCUGGAACUGGCUUCAUUAUUGAUCCAGUAAAGAACCAAAAGCUUACUGUUGAUGAAGCAGUAAAAAGUGGUGUUGUUGGCCCAGAGCUCCAUGAGAAAUUGCUGUCGGCAGAAAGAGCAGUUUGUGGUUACAAAGAUCCAUAUACUGGUAAAACUGUAUCCCUCUUUGAGGCAAUGCAAAAAGAUCUCAUUAAGAAAGACCAAGGAGUCCGACUCCUGGAAGCUCAACUUGCCACCGGAGGAAUCAUUGACCCAGAGAAAAGUUACCGCAUCACUCAAGAUGUUGCAUGUAAACGUGGUUACCUUAAUGAAGAGAUGAACAAAACUUUAAGUAGCCCAUCUGACUCCAGCACACUAUUUGUUGACCCCAACACACAAGAAAAUGUCACUUACACUGAAUUGCUUAAAAGAUGUAUCACAGAUAAACAGACUGGCCUCCCGUUACUACCAAUCUCAGAAAAGGCAGUCAAGUCAAAAGAAAAAGAAAAAGAACCUCUUUCUGACACUCAAACUAAAGACUCAUUGAGUCAUGCCACUGUAGAGUUACACAGUGGACCUUUUAAAGGAAGAAAGGUCACCAUAUGGGAAAUUAUCAACUCUGAAUAUUUAACAGAGGAACAAAGGAUUUAUUUCAUUCAACAGUAUAGAUCAGGAAAAGUGACUAUUGAAAAACUAAUCACCAUAAUGAUCACAACGGUGGAUGAAAAAGAAAAGAAGAGGAAGGAGGAUAGCUUUGAGGGUUUAAGAGGACCUGUAACAGCCAGUUCCUUGUUUGAAUCUAAAAUCAUUGACAAAGAUACAUAUGAUAUGCUCCAACAAGGCAAAAUGAAACCUGCUGAGGUUGGUGAAACUGAAUCCGUCAAACGCUACUUGCAAGGAUCUGACUGUAUUACUGGAGUAUUUGUGGAAAAUACUAAAGAAAAACUUAGCAUUUACCAAGCAAUGAAGCAGAAACUACUGACACCAGACACAGGUCUGCCCUUGCUGGAGGCUCAAGCAGCUACUGGGUACAUAAUUGACCCCAUCAGAAAUGAGAGGUUUACAGUAGAUGAUGCUGUAAAGGCUGGCAUCAUCGGUCCAGAGCUACACGAAAAACUACUAUCAGCUGAAAAAGCUGUAACUGGUUACAAAGACCCAUACACUGGCAAUAAGAUCUCUCUUCUUCAAGCAAUGCAGAAACAACUUGUUCUUAGAGAACAUGCAUUACCUCUUCUAGAUGCUCAGGAGGCCACUGGAGGAAUAAUCGAUCCGGUAAACAGCCAUCGCCUUCCUAAUGAUAUAGCCAUUCAGCGUGGAUAUUUCAGCAAGCAGUUGGUUAAAUCUUUCAAAGAGCCCACAGAUGACAUCAAAGGUUUCACUGACCCCAACAAAGAUGAGAGUGUCACAUAUAAACAACUAAAAGAAAGGUGCAUGGUCGAUCCAGACCUGGGAAUUUGCCUAUUACCACUUUCUAAAGCAGAGGCUCCAAAGCAAGCUGAGAAAUCCUACAUUUAUACUGAGGAACAAGCACAAGCAGACUGGGCUAACACUCAAGUUGAUAUACCACAUGAAAGUUUUGCAGGGCAACAAGUGACAUUAUGGGAGGUCAUGAAAUCAGAUUUGCUUCCAGAGGAUGAAAGACUAAGGCUCAUUGAACAGUACCGCUCAGGAAGAAUCACUAAAGAAAGAAUGAUCAUCAUUAUAAUUGAAAUCAUCGAACAAAGAGAGAUCAUCAAGACUGAGCAAAGCAUGUCAUGCGAUGUAAUCAGACGUCGGGUAACCAUCGAUGAACUUUACAGAGCUCGUAUUAUAGACCUUGAAACUUACAACCUGCUUAAACAAGGCAAGAAAACCACCCGGGAAAUCAUGGAGAUGCCUUCUGUAAAGCAGUACCUCUUUGGAACCGGCAGCAUUGCUGGAGUACUGUCAGACAAUAACACUAAGGUUAGCAUCUAUCAAGCCAUGAAGAGAGGUCUCAUCAAACCUGAAAUUGGCAUUAAUCUGUUGGAAGCACAAGCAGCAACUGGAUUUAUCAAUGACCCUGUGAAGGACGAAUUGUUAACAGUUGAUGAGGCUGUCCGGAAGGGUGUUGUUGGCCCAGAGAUGCAUGACAAACUCUUGUCCGCUGAGAGAGCAGUCACGGGUUACAAAGAUCCUUACAGUGGUAAAGUGAUUUCUCUAUUCCAAGCCAUGAAAAAAGACCUGGUUCCUGAGGAUUAUGCAUUGAAGCUUUUGGAGGCCCAAGAAGCAACAGGUGGCCUAAUGGAUCCAGAGUUCUAUUUCCGCCUUCCAACUGAUAUUGCCAUGCAGCGUGGAUACAUCAACAAGGAAACCUGUGAGAGGAUAUCUGAUCUGAAUGGCGAUGUUAAAUAUUUUACAGAUCCAACAACAGAUGAAACAAUCUCCUAUGCACUACUUCGCAAAAGAUGCAAAGUUGAUAAAGAGAGCGGCCUAAGAUUAUUGUCUCUGGCAGACAAAAAGCUUCUGUUUAAAGGACUUAGAAAGCAGAUCACCAUAGAUGAGCUGUUGCGCUCUCAAAUCAUUGAUCAGAAGACCUACACAGCAUUGAUGGAGGGUACCAUUUCUGUAGAGGACCUCAGUAAAGACCUGAAGAAAUAUCUUGAAGGCAUCAGCUCUAUUGCAGGUGUGUAUGUAGAAGCUACCAAAGAUCGGCUGUCAGUCUACCAAGCAAUGAAAAAGAACAUGAUCAGACCAGGCACUGCAUUUGAACUUCUGGAAGCUCAGGCAGCUACUGGGUAUGUCAUCGAUCCAAUCAAAAAUCUAAAAAUGAAUGUCCUAGAAGCUGUGAAAACAGGAGUUGUUGGACCAGAAUUUAAAGACAAACUUCUCUCAGCUGAGCGAGCUGUAACUGGCUACAAAGAUCCAUACUCUGGCAAGGUGAUCUCUCUGUUCCAGGCUAUGAAAAAAGGUCUCAUACUAAAAGACCACGGUAUCCGUCUCCUCGAGGCUCAGAUAGCCACAGGGGGAAUUAUUGAUCCUGAAGAGAGUCAUCGGCUACCUGUUGAAGUUGCCUACAAACGGGGUCUAUUUGAUGAGGAGAUGAAUAACAUUCUUACGGAUCCAUCUGAUGACACUAAGGGGUUCUUCGAUCCAAACACAGAGGAGAAUUUGACCUACCUCCAGCUGAUGGAACGCUGCAUAACAGACACUGAAACUGGACUCUCUCUUUUACUGCUGAAAGAAAAGAAACGAGAAAGAAAGACCUCCUCCAAGUCCUCAGUGCGCAAACGAAGAGUUGUGAUUGUAGAUCCUGAAACAGGAAAAGAAAUGUCUGUGUAUGAAGCAUACCGCAAAGGGCUCAUUGACCAUCAAACAUACAUUGAGCUUGCAGAGCAAGAAUGUGAAUGGGAGGAAAUUACCACCUCAUCUUCUGAUGGUGUUGUCAAGUCUAUGAUCACUGACAGAAGGUCUGGGCGGCAGUAUGACAUUGACGAUGCAAUCUCUAAGGGCCUCAUUGACCAGUCCGCUUUGGACCAGUACCGUGCUGGUACUCUUUCCAUUACUGAAUUUGCAGACAUGCUCUCUGGUAAUAUGAGUGGCUCCAGAUCACGUUCCUCUUCCUUUGGAUCUAGUUCUUCCUAUACCAUGAGCCCAGUUCCCUCCAUAAAGACCCCCGCUACAACCUGGAGUGAUCCAACAGAGGAAACCGGACCUGUGGCUGGAAUUCUAGAUACAGAUACUUUGGAAAAGGUGACGGUCACAGAGGCUAUGCAUCGAAAUUUGGUCGACAACAUCACUGGUCAAAGACUCCUAGAAGCACAAGCAUGCACAGGAGGAAUUAUUGACCCAAACACUGGAGAAAAAUUCACUGUUGCUGAUGCAGUGAACAAAGGAUUGGUGGACAAGUUAAUGGUUGACCGUAUCAACUUGGCUCAGAAAGCUUUUCAGGGAUUUGAAGAUCCAAGAACCAAAACCAAAAUGUCAGCCGCUCAAGCCUUAAAGAAGGGCUGGCUCUAUUAUGAAGCUGGCCAACGGUUCCUUGAAGUCCAGUACUUAACAGGUGGAUUAAUUGAACCAGAUGUUGCAGGAAGAGUAUCACUGGAUGAUGCCACCAAGAAAGGUACCCUAGAUGCACGCACUGCACAGAAACUGAGAGACGUCAGUGCAUACUCCAAAUACCUCACCUGCCCCAAAACCAAACUCAAGAUCUCAUACAAAGAUGCCAUGGACCGAAGCAUGAUAGAGGAAGGAUCAGGUCUGCGUUUGCUCGAGGCUUCCUCUCAAUCAAGUAAAGGCCUUUACAGCCCAUACAGCGCCAGUGGUUCUGGAUCAACCUCGGGCUCUAGGUCCGGAUCUAGAACCGGUUCAAGAUCAGGCUCUAGAAGGGGAAGUUUUGAUGCUACAAGCUCAGGUUUCACCAUGAGUUUUUCUUCAACCUACAGCCCCACAACAUACGGUCGCCGUUAUGAUUCAGGGGCACAUGGUGGCCUUCAACUGGAUGAGCUAAAGCAGGCACUUACAGCUUUGGCAUCAGGCAGGAACUGUUGCUAUGAGGAAACGAAAUUAUUCACAUUAUCACAAACCCAGUCUUCCUUAGUUGCUGUGCCAGCAAAAUCCUCAAAAAUGCCGGCGCAGGAAAGUGGUAUUUCUCAAGGGAUAGUAGCUGGUGUGUUUCUUGAGCACUCCAAUGAAACCAUCACAAUAUACCAAGCCUAUAAGAAGCGCUUGCUGAAUCAAGGAACAUGUUUGGCCCUGUUAGAAGCUCAAGGUGCGACCGGAGGAAUCAUCGAUCCCAUCAAAAACAGAAAAUUAUCUGUCGACGAAGCAGUCAAGGAAGAGAUUGUGGGACGUGAGAUGAAAGAGAAGCUUCAGUUUGCAGAGAAGGCCAUCGAAGGCUAUGCAGAUCCUUACACUAACCAACCAAUUUCACUCUACCAGGCCAUGCAGAAGGAGGUGAUCCCAAAAGAUUAUGCCAUUAGAUUAUUGGAAGCACAGAUCUCUGCCAAAGGUAUCUAUGAUCCUGUAGAAAAGUGCUACUUAACAGAAGAGCAAGCCUACGACGGAGGUCACUUUGACAGAGAUCUGUUUAAAGACCAAAAGGAUGCUCUAAAUGUUUUUUAUGACCCAAACUCAAAGGAAAACAUCACUUAUUCAUUACUGAUAAAGAAAUGCACUGUAGCCCCAGAAACAGGCUUAAUGCUGUUCCCAAUCUAUAUCACAUUCAAAGGCCUUCGUAGAGGUGUAACCUCCAAAGAGCUCCUGUCAUCAAAAGUAAUUGACCAACAGACAUAUGACAAUCUGGAAAAUGGCAAAAUGACCGCCCAAGAUGUGAUGUUAAUGGAGACAGUGAAGGAAUAUCUGGAAGGUAAAGAGAGCAUUGGGGGAGUAGCUGUGCUCUCCUCUAAUAAGAAAAUGAGCAUCUAUCAGGCAAUGCGACAAGGAAUAAUCAUGCCUGGUUCUGCACUGAUUCUGCUAGAAGCACAAGCCGCAACUGGAUACGUGAUCGAUCCUGUAGAAAACAAGAGGCUAAAUGUAGAUGAUGCUAUUAAACAAAAACUUGUGGGACCAGAGUACCAUGCAAAGUUGCUUGCAGCAGAACGUGCAGUCACAGGUUACAAAGAUCCAUACACUGGUGAAACCAUUUCCCUUUUCCAAGCUCUAAAAAAGGACCUGAUCGUGAAGGAACAUGGGAUUCGUUUGCUUGAGGCACAAAUUGCAACUGGUGGAAUUAUUGAUCCUAUACAUAGUCACAGGGUUCCCGUGGAUGUCGCAUACAAGCGUGGCUUCUUUGAUGAGGAAAUGAACACCAUCCUUGAGGACUCUGGAGAUGACACUAAAGGAUUCUUUGAUCCGAACACAAAGGAAAACCUUACGUAUCUGCAACUGAUGGAUCGUUGUGUUGUUGACCCCUCUACAGGGCUUACAUUGCUGCCCAUUGAGGAUAAGUCAGGAAGUCUGCAUCACACAUUCAUUGGCUACGACAUCAAAAAAGUCUUCAAGGGUGUUAUGGUAAAAGUAACAUGCGGCAAGUACAUGGGGAUGACUGUUUCGCUCUGGGAAUUACUUAUGUCUGAAUAUUUUACUGAAGAGCAAAGGCAAGAUAUCAUCCAGGGAUACAAAAACAGAACACUCACAAUUGAAGAUAUAAUUACCAGAGUCCUUGAAAUAACUGAAGAGUCAGUGAAAAUGACCAGUGUAGUUUUUGAAGGUAUAAGGGAAAAUGUAAGCGCAGACCAGCUUUUCGAGGCAGACAUCCUCACUACAAAUGAUCUUGAAGACCUAAAAACAGGAAAAACAACUGUAAAAGAUGUUAUAGAGAAUGAAACUGUGCAAAUGUACCUACAAGGUAAACAAAGCAUUGCUGGUGUCCUGCUUCCUGACUCCCAAAUAAUGUCAAUCUACCAAGCCAAACAAAAAGGAAUACUGAGGCCAGGAACAUCACUUAUUCUUCUGGAAGCCCAAGCAGCAACAGGAUUCAUCAUUGAUCCAAUUGCUAAUAGAAAGUUCUCAGUGGAUGAAGCUGUAAAGGCACGGGUAGUUGGGGCAGAUUUUCAUGCCAAACUAUGCUCAGCAGAAAAGGCAGUGACCGGUUACAAUGAUCCUUACACUGGCAAAAAAAUCUCUUUGUUCCAGGCACUGCAGAAAGAUUUAAUUGUGAAAGACCAUGGCAUACGUCUGCUAGAGGCCCAGAUUGCCACAGGAGGCAUCAUUGAUCCUGUAAAUAGCCAUCGCAUUCCAGUUCAUAUUGCUUACAAACGUGGAUACUUUGAUACAGAAAUGAAUCAGGUUCUCAAUGAUCCAACUGAUGACACAAAAGGAUUCUUUGACCCAAACACUCAUGAAAAUCUUACUUAUAUGCAGUUAAUGUCCAGAUGCGUCACUGACCCAAGCACAGGCUUUUGCCUUUUGCCAAUCAAAAAGAAAGACACAAGAAUCAAGAUAGAGGACAGGACCAAAGAGGCAUUCCAAACCAUGUCCGUCACUGUGAGAUAUGGCAGAUUCAGCAACAAAAGAGUGACACUUUGGGAUCUGAUCAACUCUGAAUAUUUAAUUGAGGAGAAAAGACAGGAGCUGAUCAAACGAUUCAAAUCAAAAACAAUCACAAUUGAAGAAAUCCUUAACAUUACCACAGAAAUCAUUGAGAGCAAGGAAGUACAAAGAAAUGUUGAUCUCCAAGUAGAUGGUCUUAGAGAAAAAGUCUCCAUUCUUGAGCUGCUGAAUUUGGGAAUAAUAGAUGAACAAACAUACAAAGAUUUGAUUGAUGAAAAGCUAACAAUCGAAGAUCUUCUUGAGAGAGCCACUGUUAAGAAUUUCCUCAGAGGAACAAGCAGUAUAGCAGGUGUAAUAGUCCAAAAGUCUAAUCAGAAAAUGAGCAUCUAUCAAGCUCAAAAAGAAGGACUCCUUACACGUGGAACUGCCUUGUGUCUUCUUGAAGCACAAGCAGCCACUGGGUUUAUUAUUGAUCCAGUACAGAACAAUAAACUUUCUACCGAGGAGGCCUUGAAACAGAAAGUCAUUCCUCCAGAGUUUUAUGAAAAACUUCUGGCUGCUGAGAGAGCGGUGACUGGGUACCAAGACCCAUACACUGGCAAGAAAAUAUCACUUUUUGAAGCCAUUAAAAAAGAUUUAAUUGUCAAACAGCAUGGGAUUCGUCUGCUGGAAGCCCAAAUUGCUACAGGUGGUAUCAUAGAUCCCAUAACAUGUUUACAUUUGCCACUUGAAGUUGCUUUUAGCAAGGGUUAUUUUGAUGCUGAACUAAACCAGAUUCUUGCCGAUGCAAGUGAUGACACUAAAGGAUUUUUUGAUCCUAACACAAAAGAAAACCUUACCUACAUGGAAAUGAUGACACGGUGCAUCAAGGAUCCUGACACCGGCCUUUUCCUCCUUCCACUCACUGAAAAAGGAAAAACACAAGAAAAAACGCAAGAUAUUCUUUCAGAUGCUGAGAUUAAGGAACACUUUGUGAAAAAUAAAGUUGAUAUAACUGUUGGGCGUUUCUCAGGAAAAUCACCAUCUCUUUGGGAGGUAAUUCACUCUGCAUAUUUUACUGAUGAACAGAGGCAACAGUGCUUUGAACAAUAUCGUUUGGGCAAGACAAGUAUCAUGGAUGUUGUCACAAUGGUUACCACGACUGUCCAAAAUCUGGAAAAGAAAGAAGCAACUCAAACAAUAAUGGGCAUAAGAAAACCUGUUUCGGUGCAACAACUACAUGAUGCUGGAAUCAUUGAAACCAAAACUCUUAAAGAUCUGCAAGAUGAAAAGGCAACACUAGAAAGUGUGGUUAAUCUUGAAUCUGUACAAAGGUGUUUGAAAGGCACUGGAAGUAUUGCAGGAGUAAAGCUUCAUCCAUCAGGAAAAGUAUUAAGUUUAUACACGGCAAAAACUGAAGGAUUACUCAGUUCUGAUGCAGCCCUUAUGUUGCUCGAGGCUCAGGCAGCAACUGGAUAUGUUAUUGAUCCAAUUAGAAAUGAAAAUCACUCAGUUGUGGAGGCUGCUAAAGUUCAGCUUAUUGGGCCAGAGCUAUUAGAGCCCUUACUACUGGCUGAAUGUGCAGUCACUGGAUUCACAGACCCAUUCACAAAUGAGCAGAUAUCCUUAUAUCAAGCAAUGAAAAAAGGUCUCAUCCCGCAAAACCAUGGACUGAAUCUUUUGGAUGCACAGCUUGCCACAGGUGGAAUAAUUGAUCCAAUUGAAAGCUACCGAAUGCCCAUUCAGUGGGCAAUAGUCCAGGGAUUCUUAGAUAACAAAACCAAAGAGCUUCUGGAGAAUCCAAGUGGUUAUGAAAAAGAGUUUUCAGACCCAAACACAAAAGAACCUCUUACUUAUACUGAUCUCAUGAAGAAAUGUGUAAGGGAUUCGACCAAAGGUCUGUUACUGCUGCCCAUACCUGAAAAAAGAGUUGAAAGCUCAAGCUACAAUGAUGAACAUGUAAUAAAUGUCUUUAAAGAGAAAUCAGUGAUCAUUAAUGCUGGGAAGUUUGAAGGCAGACGGGUUUUGCUCUGGGAUUUGCUACAGUCAGAGUACAUUACUGCAGAAAAAAGGAAAGAGUUACUUGACCAAUACAAAAACAAAAUUCUGUCAAUAGAGGAGAUAACAGAAAUGGUGACAGCAUUGAUAAUUGAAGCAACUACAAAAAAGCAUUCAUUUAAAGGAUUGAGAAGACAAGUAUCAGCAAGUGAACUGUUUGAAUCAAAAAUCAUCUCAAAAGAAAUAUUUAGCAAGCUUAUAAAUGAUGAAGUAGACGAUGCAGACAUUGACCAAAUGGAAUCGAUUCAAAAAUACCUUGGGGCAACAAACUGCAUUGCUGGUGUAUAUGUGCAGUCUACCAAACAAACCAUGAGCAUCUGUGAGGCCAAAAAUAGGAGACUUCUGACUCCUGGAACAUCUCUGGUUUUGCUUGAGGCCCAGGCUGCCACUGGCUUCAUGAUUGAUCCAGUGAGAAACAAAAAACUUUCAGUGGAACAGGCAGUAGCCGAAGGGAUUGUUGGGAUGGAAUGGAAAAGCAAACUGCUGUCUGCCGAGCGGGCAGUCACUGGCUACACUGAUCCCUAUGAUGGAAAAACAAUAUCUUUGUUCCAAGCCUUGAAGAAAGAUCUCAUUGUGAAGGACCAUGGCAUUCGUCUUCUAGAAGCUCAGAUCGCUACUGGAGGAAUCAUUGAUCCUGUGCACAGCCAUCGUGUACCUGUGGAAGUAGCGUAUCAAAGAGGAUACUUUGAUGAGGAGAUGAACAGGAUCCUGUCUGAUCCAGAUGAUGACACCAAAGGAUUCUUUGAUCCCAAUACACAGGAAAACCUCACAUACCUGCAGCUUGUGGAGAGGUGUAUAAAAGACCCAAACACUGGUCUGAGCCUCCUCGUCAUUGCAAAAAAGGGCGAAUACUAUUUCUUUAUCGAUGAACAGACAAAAAUUAUCCUCAAGUCUACAACUACAAAUAAAGCAGGAGGCAAAUUCAAAGGGCAGCUGGUGUCUCUUUGGGAUCUGAUCUACUCAGAAUAUAUCUCAGAAGAAAAAAGAAGAGAUCUGAUACAACAGUUAAAAUCUGGCACAAUAUCUAUUGAAAAGUUAUUGGAAAUCGUUCUGACACUGAUAUCACAACAAUCAGAAACUUACAGUACAACCAUUAAAACCACAAGAACCACAACAGCAACAACAACUGAAACAGAUGAAAAUACUAACUUCCAAGGUAUCAGAAAGGACGUGAGUGCCGAUGAGAUGCUAAAAUCCAAAAUCAUUACUAAGGAAAUAUACGACGACCUAACCUCUGGUAAAAUAUCUGUUAAUCGUGUGAGUGAAAUGGAGUCUGUCAGAAAAUACCUUCAAGGAACCAAUAGCAUUGCUGGCGUAUUUGUCCAGUCUACCAAACAGACCAUGAGCAUAUUUGAAGCCAAAAACAGGGGACUUCUGACUCCUGGAACAUCUCUGGUUUUGCUUGAAGCCCAGGCUGCCACUGGCUUCAUGAUUGAUCCAGUAAGAAAUAAAAAACUGUCAGUGGAACAGGCAGUAGCUGAAAAGAUUGUUGGGAUGGAUUUGAAAAACAAACUGCUGUCUGCCGAACGGGCAGUCACUGGCUACACAGAUCCCUAUGAUGGAAAAACAAUAUCUUUGUUCCAAGCCUUGAAAAAAGAUCUCAUUGUGAAGGACCAUGGCAUUCGUCUUCUAGAAGCUCAGAUCGCUACUGGAGGAAUCAUUGAUCCUGUGCACAGCCAUCGUGUACCUGUGGAAGUAGCGUAUCAAAGAGGAUACUUUGAUGAGGAGAUGAACAGGAUCCUGUCUGAUCCAGAUGAUGACACCAAAGGCUUCUUUGAUCCCAAUACACAGGAAAACCUCACAUACCUGGAGCUUGUGGAGAGGUGUAUUAAAGACCCAAACACUGGUCUGAGCCUCCUCGUCAUUGCAAAAAAGGGCGAGUACUAUUUCUUUAUCGAUGAACAGACAAAAAUUAUCCUCAAGUCUACAACUACAAAUAAAGCAGGAGGCAAAUUCCAAGGGCAGCUGGUGUCUCUUUGGGAUCUGAUCUACUCAGAAUAUAUCUCAGAAGAAAAAAGAAAAGAUCUGAUACAACAGUUAAAAUCUGGCACAAUAUCUAUUGAAAAGUUAUUGGAAAUCGUUCUGACACUGAUAUCACAACAAUCAGAAACUUACAGUACAACCAUUAAAACCACAAGAACCACAACAGCAACAACAACUGAAACAGAUGAAAAUACCAGCUUCCAAGGUAUCAGAAAGGACGUGAGUGCCGAUGAGAUGCUAAAAUCCAAAAUCAUUACUAAGGAAAUAUACGACGAGCUAACCUCUGGUAAAAUAUCUGUUAAUCGUGUGAGUGAAAUGGAGUCUGUCAGAAAAUACCUUCAAGGAACCAAUAGCAUUGCUGGCGUAUUUGUCCAGUCUACCAAACAGACCAUGAGCAUAUUUGAAGCCAAAAACAGGGGACUUCUGACUCCUGGAACAUCUCUGGUUUUGCUUGAAGCCCAGGCUGCCACUGGCUUCAUGAUUGAUCCAGUAAGAAACAAAAAACUGUCAGUAGAACAAGCAGUAGCUGAAGGGAUUGUUGGGAUGGAAUUGAAAAACAAACUGCUGUCUGCCGAGCGGGCAGUCACUGGCUACACAGAUCCCUAUGAUGGAAAAACAAUAUCUUUGUUCCAAGCCUUGAAGAAAGAUCUCAUUGUGAAGGACCAUGGCAUUCGUCUUCUAGAAGCUCAGAUCGCUACUGGAGGAAUCAUUGAUCCUGUGCACAGCCAUCGGGUUCCUGUGGAAGUAGCGUAUCAAAGAGGAUACUUUGAUGAGGAGAUGAACAGGAUCCUGUCUGAUCCAGAUGAUGACACCAAAGGCUUCUUUGAUCCCAAUACACAGGAAAACCUCACAUACCUGCAACUUGUGGAGAGGUGUAUUAAAGACCCAAACACUGGUCUGAGCCUCCUCGUCAUUGCAAAAAAGGGCGAAUACUAUUUCUUUAUCGAUGAACAGACAAAAAUUAUCCUCAAGUCUACAACUACAAAUAAAGCAGGAGGCAAAUUCCAAGGGCAGCUGGUGUCUCUUUGGGAUCUGAUCUACUCAGAAUAUAUCUCAGAAGAAAAAAGAAGAGAUCUGAUACAACAGUUAAAAUCUGGCACAAUAUCUAUUGAAAAGUUAUUGGAAAUCGUUCUGACACUGAUAUCACAACAAUCAGAAACUUACAGUACAACCAUUAAAACCACAAGAACCACAACAGCAACAACAACUGAAACAGAUGAAAAUACUAACUUCCAAGGUAUCAGAAAGGACGUGAGUGCCGAUGAGAUGCUAAAAUCCAAAAUCAUUACUAAGGAAAUAUACGACGAGCUAACCUCUGGUAAAAUAUCUGUUAAUCGUGUGAGUGAAAUGGAGUCUGUCAGAAAAUACCUUCAAGGAACCAAUAGCAUUGCUGGCGUAUUUGUCCAGUCUACCAAACAGACCAUGAGCAUAUUUGAAGCCAAAAACAGGGGACUUCUGACUCCUGGAACAUCUCUGGUUUUGCUUGAAGCCCAGGCUGCCACUGGCUUCAUGAUUGAUCCAGUAAGAAAUAAAAAACUGUCAGUGGAACAGGCAGUAGCUGAAAAGAUUGUUGGGAUGGAUUUGAAAAACAAACUGCUGUCUGCCGAACGGGCAGUCACUGGCUACACAGAUCCCUAUGAUGGAAAAACAAUAUCUUUGUUCCAAGCCUUGAAAAAAGAUCUAAUUGUGAAGGACCAUGGCAUUCGUCUUCUAGAAGCUCAGAUCGCCACUGGAGGAAUCAUUGAUCCUGUGCACAGCCAUCGUGUACCUGUGGAAGUAGCGUAUCAAAGAGGAUACUUUGAUGAGGAGAUGAACAGGAUCCUGUCUGAUCCAGAUGAUGACACCAAAGGCUUCUUUGAUCCCAAUACACAGGAAAACCUCACAUACCUGCAGCUUGUGGAGAGGUGUAUUAAAGACCCAAACACUGGUCUGAGCCUCCUCGUCAUUGCAAAAAAGGGCGAAUACUAUUUCUUUAUCGAUGAACAGACAAAAAUUAUCCUCAAGUCUACAACUACAAAUAAAGCAGGAGGCAAAUUCCAAGGGCAGCUGGUGUCUCUUUGGGAUCUGAUCUACUCAGAAUAUAUCUCAGAAGAAAAAAGAAGAGAUCUGAUACAACAGUUCAAAUCGGGCACAAUAUCUAUUGAAAAGUUAUUGGAAAUCGUUCUGACACUGAUAUCACAACAAUCAGAAACUUACAGUACAACCAUUAAAACCACAAUAACAACAACAGCAACAACAACUGAAACAGAUGAAAAUACUAACUUCCAAGGUAUCAGAAAGGACGUGAGUGCCGAUGAGAUGCUAAAUUCCAAAAUCAUUACUAAGGAAAUAUACGACGACCUAACCUCUGGUAAAAUAUCUGUUAAUCGUGUGAGUGAAAUGGAGUCUGUCAGAAAAUACCUUCAAGGAACCAAUAGCAUUGCUGGCGUAUUUGUCCAGUCUACCAAACAGACCAUGAGCAUAUUUGAAGCCAAAAACAGGGGACUUCUGACUCCUGGAACAUCUCUGGUUUUGCUUGAAGCCCAGGCUGCCACUGGCUUCAUGAUUGAUCCAGUAAGAAAUAAAAAACUGUCAGUGGAACAGGCAGUAGCUGAAAAGAUUGUUGGGAUGGAUUUGAAAAACAAACUGCUGUCUGCCGAGCGGGCAGUCACUGGCUACACAGAUCCCUAUGAUGGAAAAACAAUAUCUUUGUUCCAAGCCUUGAAAAAAGAUCUCAUUGUGAAGGACCAUGGCAUUCGUCUUCUAGAAGCUCAGAUCGCUACUGGAGGAAUCAUUGAUCCUGUGCACAGCCAUCGUGUACCUGUGGAAGUAGCGUAUCAAAGAGGAUACUUUGAUGAGGAGAUGAACAGGAUCCUGUCUGAUCCAGAUGAUGACACCAAAGGCUUCUUUGAUCCUAAUACACAGGAAAACCUCACAUACCUGCAGCUUGUGGAGAGGUGUAUAAAAGACCCAAACACUGGUCUGAGCCUCCUCGUCAUUGCAAAAAAGGGCGAAUACUAUUUCUUUAUCGAUGAACAGACAAAAAUUAUCCUCAAGUCUACAACUACAAAUAAAGCAGGAGGCAAAUUCCAAGGGCAGCUGGUGUCUCUUUGGGAUCUGAUCUACUCAGAAUAUAUCUCAGAAGAAAAAAGAAGAGAUCUGAUACAACAGUUAAAAUCUGGCACAAUAUCUAUUGAAAAGUUAUUGGAAAUCGUUCUGACACUGAUAUCACAACAAUCAGAAACUUACAGUACAACCAUUAAAACCACAAGAACCACAACAGCAACAACAACUGAAACAGAUGAAAAUACCAGCUUCCAAGGUAUCAGAAAGGACGUGAGUGCCGAUGAGAUGCUAAAAUCCAAAAUCAUUACUAAGGAAAUAUACGACGAGCUAACCUCUGGUAAAAUAUCUGUUAAUCGUGUGAGUGAAAUGGAGUCUGUCAGAAAAUACCUUCAAGGAACCAAUAGCAUUGCUGGCGUAUUUGUCCAGUCUACCAAACAGACCAUGAGCAUAUUUGAAGCCAAAAACAGGGGACUUCUGACUCCUGGAACAUCUCUGGUUUUGCUUGAAGCCCAGGCUUCCACUGGCUUCAUGAUUGAUCCAGUAAGAAACAAAAAACUGUCAGUAGAACAAGCAGUAGCUGAAGGGAUUGUUGGGAUGGAAUUGAAAAACAAACUGCUGUCUGCCGAGCGGGCAGUCACUGGCUACACAGAUCCCUAUGAUGGAAAAACAAUAUCUUUGUUCCAAGCCUUGAAGAAAGAUCUCAUUGUGAAGGACCAUGGCAUUCGUCUUCUAGAAGCUCAGAUCGCUACUGGAGGAAUCAUUGAUCCUGUGCACAGCCAUCGUGUACCUGUGGAAGUAGCGUAUCAAAGAGGAUACUUUGAUGAGGAGAUGAACAGGAUCCUGUCUGAUCCAGAUGAUGACACCAAAGGCUUCUUUGAUCCUAAUACACAGGAAAACCUCACAUACCUGCAGCUUGUGGAGAGGUGUAUAAAAGACCCAAACACUGGUCUGAGCCUCCUCGUCAUUGCAAAAAAGGGCGAAUACUAUUUCUUUAUCGAUGAACAGACAAAAAUUAUCCUCAAGUCUACAACUACAAAUAAAGCAGGAGGCAAAUUCCAAGGGCAGCUGGUGUCUCUUUGGGAUCUGAUCUACUCAGAAUAUAUCUCAGAAGAAAAAAGAAGAGAUCUGAUACAACAGUUAAAAUCUGGCACAAUAUCUAUUGAAAAGUUAUUGGAAAUCGUUCUGACACUGAUAUCACAACAAUCAGAAACUUACAGUACAACCAUUAAAACCACAAGAACCACAACAGCAACAACAACUGAAACAGAUGAAAAUACUAACUUCCAAGGUAUCAGAAAGGACGUGAGUGCCGAUGAGAUGCUAAAAUCCAAAAUCAUUACUAAGGAAAUAUACGACGAGCUAACCUCUGGUAAAAUAUCUGUUAAUCGUGUGAGUGAAAUGGAGUCUGUCAGAAAAUACCUUCAAGGAACCAAUAGCAUUGCUGGCGUAUUUGUCCAGUCUACCAAACAGACCAUGAGCAUAUUUGAAGCCAAAAACAGGGGACUUCUGACUCCCGGAACAUCUCUGGUUUUGCUUGAAGCCCAGGCUGCCACUGGCUUCAUGAUUGAUCCAGUAAGAAAUAAAAAACUGUCAGUGGAACAGGCAGUAGCUGAAAAGAUUGUUGGGAUGGAUUUGAAAAACAAACUGCUGUCUGCCGAACGGGCAGUCACUGGCUACACAGAUCCCUAUGAUGGAAAAACAAUAUCUUUGUUCCAAGCCUUGAAAAAAGAUCUCAUUGUGAAGGACCAUGGCAUUCGUCUUCUAGAAGCUCAGAUCGCUACUGGAGGAAUCAUUGAUCCUGUGCACAGCCAUCGUGUACCUGUGGAAGUAGCGUAUCAAAGAGGAUACUUUGAUGAGGAGAUGAACAGGAUCCUGUCUGAUCCAGAUGAUGACACCAAAGGCUUCUUUGAUCCCAAUACACAGGAAAACCUCACAUACCUGCAGCUUGUGGAGAGGUGUAUUAAAGACCCAAACACUGGUCUGAGCCUCCUCGUCAUUGCAAAAAAGGGCGAGUACUAUUUCUUUAUCGAUGAACAGACAAAAAUUAUCCUCAAGUCUACAACUACAAAUAAAGCAGGAGGCAAAUUCCAAGGGCAGCUGGUGUCUCUUUGGGAUCUGAUCUACUCAGAAUAUAUCUCAGAAGAAAAAAGAAGAGAUCUGAUACAACAGUUAAAAUCUGGCACAAUAUCUAUUGAAAAGUUAUUGGAAAUCGUUCUGACACUGAUAUCACAACAAUCAGAAACUUACAGUACAACCAUUAAAACCACAAGAACCACAACAGCAACAACAACUGAAACAGAUGAAAAUACUAACUUCCAAGGUAUCAGAAAGGACGUGAGUGCCGAUGAGAUGCUAAAAUCCAAAAUCAUUACUAAGGAAAUAUACGACGACCUAACCUCUGGUAAAAUAUCUGUUAAUCGUGUGAGUGAAAUGGAGUCUGUCAGAAAAUACCUUCAAGGAACCAAUAGCAUUGCUGGCGUAUUUGUCCAGUCUACCAAACAGACCAUGAGCAUAUUUGAAGCCAAAAACAGGGGACUUCUGACUCCUGGAACAUCUCUGGUUUUGCUUGAAGCCCAGGCUGCCACUGGCUUCAUGAUUGAUCCAGUAAGAAAUAAAAAACUGUCAGUGGAACAGGCAGUAGCUGAAAAGAUUGUUGGGAUGGAUUUGAAAAACAAACUGCUGUCUGCCGAACGGGCAGUCACUGGCUACACAGAUCCCUAUGAUGGAAAAACAAUAUCUUUGUUCCAAGCCUUGAAAAAAGAUCUAAUUGUGAAGGACCAUGGCAUUCGUCUUCUAGAAGCUCAGAUCGCCACUGGAGGAAUCAUUGAUCCUGUGCACAGCCAUCGUGUACCUGUGGAAGUAGCGUAUCAAAGAGGAUACUUUGAUGAGGAGAUGAACAGGAUCCUGUCUGAUCCAGAUGAUGACACCAAAGGCUUCUUUGAUCCCAAUACACAGGAAAACCUCACAUACCUGCAGCUUGUGGAGAGGUGUAUUAAAGACCCAAACACUGGUCUGAGCCUCCUCGUCAUUGCAAAAAAGGGCGAAUACUAUUUCUUUAUCGAUGAACAGACAAAAAUUAUCCUCAAGUCUACAACUACAAAUAAAGCAGGAGGCAAAUUCCAAGGGCAGCUGGUGUCUCUUUGGGAUCUGAUCUACUCAGAAUAUAUCUCAGAAGAAAAAAGAAGAGAUCUGAUACAACAGUUCAAAUCGGGCACAAUAUCUAUUGAAAAGUUAUUGGAAAUCGUUCUGACACUGAUAUCACAACAAUCAGAAACUUACAGUACAACCAUUAAAACCACAAUAACAACAACAGCAACAACAACUGAAACAGAUGAAAAUACUAACUUCCAAGGUAUCAGAAAGGACGUGAGUGCCGAUGAGAUGCUAAAAUCCAAAAUCAUUACUAAGGAAAUAUACGACGAUCUAACCUCUGGUAAAAUAUCUGUUAAUCGUGUGAGUGAAAUGGAGUCUGUCAGAAAAUACCUGCAAGGAACCAAUAGCAUUGCUGGCGUAUUUGUCCAGUCUACCAAACAGACCAUGAGCAUAUUUGAAGCCAAAAACAGGGGACUUCUGACUCCUGGAACAUCUCUGGUUUUGCUUGAAGCCCAGGCUGCCACUGGCUUCAUGAUUGAUCCAGUAAGAAAUAAAAAACUUUCAGUGGAACAGGCAGUAGCUGAAAAGCUUGUUGGGAUGGAUUUGAAAAACAAACUGCUGUCUGCCGAGCGGGCAGUCACUGGCUACACAGAUCCCUAUGAUGGAAAAACAAUAUCUUUGUUCCAAGCCUUGAAGAAAGAUCUCAUUGUGAAGGACCAUGGCAUUCGUCUUCUAGAAGCUCAGAUCGCCACUGGAGGAAUCAUUGAUCCUGUGCACAGCCAUCGUGUACCUGUGGAAGUAGCGUAUCAAAGAGGAUACUUUGAUGAGGAGAUGAACAGGAUCCUGUCUGAUCCAGAUGAUGACACCAAAGGCUUCUUUGAUCCUAAUACACAGGAAAACCUCACAUACCUGCAGCUUGUGGAGAGGUGUAUUAAAGACCCAAACACUGGUCUGAGCCUCCUCGUCAUUGCAAAAAAGGGCGAAUACUAUUUCUUUAUCGAUGAACAGACAAAAAUUAUCCUCAAGUCUACAACUACAAAUAAAGCAGGAGGCAAAUUCCAAGGGCAGCUGGUGUCUCUUUGGGAUUUGAUCUACUCAGAAUAUAUCUCAGAAGAAAAAAGAAGAGAUCUGAUACAACAGUUCAAAUCGGGCACAAUAUCUAUUGAAAAGUUAAUGGAAAUUGUUCUGACACUGAUAUCACAACAAUCAGAAACUUACAGUACAACCAUUAAAACCACAAGAACCACAACAGCAACAACAACUGAAACAGAUGAAAAUACCAGCUUCCAAGGUAUCAGAAAGGACGUGAGUGCCGAUGAGAUGCUAAAAUCCAAAAUCAUUACUAAGGAAAUAUACGACGAGCUAACCUCUGGUAAAAUAUCUGUUAAUCGUGUGAGUGAAAUGGAGUCUGUCAGAAAAUACCUUCAAGGAACCAAUAGCAUUGCUGGCGUAUUUGUCCAGUCUACCAAACAGACCAUGAGCAUAUUUGAAGCCAAAAACAGGGGACUUCUGACUCCUGGAACAUCUCUGGUUUUGCUUGAAGCCCAGGCUGCCACUGGCUUCAUGAUUGAUCCAGUAAGAAACAAAAAACUGUCAGUAGAACAAGCAGUAGCUGAAGGGAUUGUUGGGAUGGAAUUGAAAAACAAACUGCUGUCUGCCGAGCGGGCAGUCACUGGCUACACAGAUCCCUAUGAUGGAAAAACAAUAUCUUUGUUCCAAGCCUUGAAGAAAGAUCUCAUUGUGAAGGACCAUGGCAUUCGUCUUCUAGAAGCUCAGAUCGCUACUGGAGGAAUCAUUGAUCCUGUGCACAGCCAUCGGGUUCCUGUGGAGGUGGCAUACCAAAGAGGAUACUUUGAUGAGGAGAUGAACAGGAUCCUGUCUGAUCCAGAUGAUGACACCAAAGGCUUCUUUGAUCCCAAUACACAGGAAAACCUCACAUACCUGCAGCUUGUGGAGAGGUGUAUUAAAGACCCAAACACUGGUCUGAGCCUCCUCGUCAUUGCAAAAAAGGGCGAGUACUAUUUCUUUAUCGAUGAACAGACAAAAAUUAUCCUCAAGUCUACAACUACAAAUAAAGCAGGAGGCAAAUUCCAAGGGCAGCUGGUGUCUCUUUGGGAUCUGAUCUACUCAGAAUAUAUCUCAGAAGAAAAAAGAAGAGAUCUGAUACAACAGUUCAAAUCUGGCACAAUAUCUAUUGAAAAGUUAUUGGAAAUUGUUCUGACACUGAUAUCACAACAAUCAGAAACUUACAGUACAACCAUUAAAACCACAAGAACCACAACAGCAACAACAACUGAAACAGAUGAAAAUACCAACUUCCAAGGUAUCAGAAAGGACGUGAGUGCCGAUGAGAUGCUAAAAUCCAAAAUCAUUACUAAGGAAAUAUACGACGACCUAACCUCUGGUAAAAUAUCUGUUAAUCGUGUGAGUGAAAUGGAGUCUGUCAGAAAAUACCUUCAAGGAACCAAUAGCAUUGCUGGCGUAUUUGUCCAGUCUACCAAACAGACCAUGAGCAUAUUUGAAGCCAAAAACAGGGGACUUCUGACUCCUGGAACAUCUCUGGUUUUGCUUGAAGCCCAGGCUGCCACUGGCUUCAUGAUUGAUCCAGUAAGAAAUAAAAAACUGUCAGUGGAACAGGCAGUAGCUGAAAAGAUUGUUGGGAUGGAAUUGAAAAACAAACUGCUGUCUGCCGAGCGGGCAGUCACUGGCUACACAGAUCCCUAUGAUGGAAAAACAAUAUCUUUGUUCCAAGCCUUGAAAAAAGAUCUCAUUGUGAAGGACCAUGGCAUUCGUCUUCUAGAAGCUCAGAUCGCCACUGGAGGAAUCAUUGAUCCUGUGCACAGCCAUCGUGUACCUGUGGAAGUAGCGUAUCAAAGAGGAUACUUUGAUGAGGCGAUGAACAGGAUCCUGUCUGAUCCAGAUGAUGACACAAAAGGCUUCUUUGAUCCCAAUACACAGGAAAACCUCACAUAUUUGCAGCUUGUGGAGCGGUGUAUUAAAGACCCAAACACUGGGCUUUGUCUGCUUUCUUUAAAAAAGUAGGUUUAGAAUGUAACAUGCCUUGCAAUGUAAUUCAAGACAUUCGAUUUUAACUUGUUUUAUAAAAUGUUGUACUGUAUAUAUUUGCUUAGUGCUUAAUGUAAAAUCUAUUUUGUGAUAACUAGAAUCGCAAAUUGAGCAUUUUUUUUACCUAUACAUAUGAAAGAUCUGUAAUUGUACAUCAGCUGAGAUUCAGCACCCGUCUGCACUGCUUAUAUUGUAAGUUUAGUUUUAUUAUUUUUAGCUUUACUUCAAAGUAUUUUUAUUCAACAUUAUUCAAAAAUGUUUAAAAAAAAAGUUUGCUACUGUAAUUUUUUAUUUGAAAUAAAUCAAACACUGCUAAAACAUGAAA